GGUGCCAGGCCGGAGUCCUCCGGACGCUGCGGAUCGCGGAGCCGGGGAGGAGAGGCCAUGGCUGGCAGGUCCAGGCCCGGGAGCGGGAGGCGGAGCGCAUCCCCAGCCUCCUUCCUGGACACGCAGCCCGAGAACGAGCAUCCUCCGAGCAAACGGGCCCGGGGCUGCUCGGCGGGCCUGGGCCCGGACACCGAAGACCCCUUCGGCGAGCAUGGGGAACUGACGGCCGACGAUCUGGAGGAACUCGACGUCCUCGCGUCCCAGGCUUUGAGUCAGUGCCGGGCAGAGGCCCGAGACAUGUCUAGUGUUUAUAAAGUCUACAGAUUUGAUGAAAUGCCAAAAAGUCCAGCAGGGAAAAACAGAGAAAAUACUCCAGUUAACGAUAACUGUCAAUUUGAAGUACUUCAGACACAAUACAAAGAACUUGAAAAAAAGCUGAAGACAAUGGAAGAAGAAAUCCUCGUUAAGAAUGGAGAGAUUAAAAUUUUGCGGGACUCACUCUUUCAGACAGAAUUGGUUCUUGAAGAACAGAGAAGAGCACAAUUUCUUCUUGAGCAAGAAAAAAGCCAAGUACUUAGUGAAAAAGAAAAGGAAUUCUCCAAAAAGCUCCAAUCCCUGCAGUCUGAACUCCAGUUUAAAGAUGCAGAAAUGAAUGAAUUAAGGACAAAACUUCAAAACAGUGAACGAGCAAAUAAAUUGGCUUCUCCCUCCAUUUCCCAUGUCAGUCCUAGGAAAAACCCUUCUGUGGUUGUAAAGCCAGAAGCAUGUUCGCCACAGUUUGGAAGAACACCUUUUCCUACAAAGGAGUCUUUUAAUGCCAACAUGUCUAUUCCUCACCAAUGCCAAACAGAGCAAAGAUACAAAUCUGUGAGCAGACAGGAUAAGACCCAGGGUCUGAGAAUGGACCCCAUAAAGCUAGAAGCACAGCAGGAAAGACUUGCUGACAGCUUGUUGCAGAGAUCAAACAUUCAAGGUUCCAUUUUGAUAAACCUGCUCCUGAAGCAGCCUUUGGUCCCAGGAUCCUCCUUAGGUCUUUGCUACCUGUUGAGCAGUUGUUCGGAGACUCCUGCUGGCACCUUCAUGAAGCCACCAGGGCUUGGCAAUACCCUGGCCAGGAUCUCAGGCCUCAGGACCCCUGGGGGCCCCAGUGGGUCCUUUUCCCCCUCUAUCCUGAGAGAGGCCCAGAGUCUAGCCUUCGCUGGAUUGAAUCUAAUUGCCAGAAACGAAGACUCCCCAGAUGACAGCUCAGCUGAGGAAAGCCAAAGGACCUUUCCACUCUGCCAACUGCCAGGCGCCAUCUACCUCCUGCCCCUGGUGCAUUUCUUCCUCACUUUGCACUGCCAGGCACUGCAGGACGUAGCAGCGGCUAGGAGGAGCAGGGUGCCUGGAGAUUCUCCCACACGUGCCCCUUGUGCAAGGAGUUCGGGUGGAGAGGCCAGCCCCGAGGACUUGAUGUGCAGCGUGGAAGGCUUGUGUGUGGCCUCCCUGAGCAUCCUCCACCAUCUCGUGUGCCACAGCCGCGCCGUCGUCUGCCUGUUACUCUCAGGAAUGGGGGAAGGAAACGGGAGUUGGGUUCACAGACUGAGCUGUGCAGAUAUGACCUCAGCCCCCAGGGGGUCAGCCGACCACUCAGGACAGCACCCACUCUUGAAGAUCCUUCUACACCUGGUGACCUUCUCCUCCACACCAGCAGGCUCCUUGCAAGUCAAUGUCCUGAGCAAGUGUCUCAAGGUUUUGGCGAAAUUAGCCGAAAACGCUUCCUCUGAUUGCUUACCCAGAUUACAAUGUGUGUUAGCAGUGCUGCCACCCUGCCUCAGCCCCCAGACGCCUUUGCCUUGUGUGCUGCUGGCCGUUGAGCUGCUCGCCCAGAUUGCAGACAGUGACGGCCUCGUGCAACAGUUCUGUUCCCAUUCUGAACGCUGUCUUCUACUGCUACUGUACUCAUACAUUACCUCAAAGCCUGACAAAGCUGCCUCACAGACACAGUGGCUUCAGUUGGAACAAGAGACAGUCUGGCUCUUGGCCAAGCUGGGUAUGCAGACCUCUUGCUCCCCUUUCACUGGGUCUGACUGUCAAUGCAGUGUGGAGGUGGUCAGAGCUCUGACGGUGGUGCUGCACCAACAGUGGCUGACCGUGCGGAGGGCGGGGGCAGCCUUCAAGACUAACCAGCAGAAGCGGACCGUGCGCUGUCUCCGGGACGCUGUGUUGCUGCUACACAGCGUGUCCCAGAAGGACAAGCUGUUUUCUGUGCACUGCGUGGAGGUCCUGCAUCAGUAUGACCAAGUGAUGCCAGGGGUCAGCACGCUUAUCCGAGCCCUUCCGGAUGUCACCGACUGUGAAGAGGCAGCCCUGGAUGACCUCUGUGCUACUGAGGCAGACAUGGAGGACACGGAGAUGGAUUGUGCCUGAGGCCCCGUGCAUCCAGCCACACGGGGGCACCAAUGCCUUGGCUCUCUUCACUUCCUCCCUGCCCUCCCCC